AUGAGCUGCGCGGAAUCUUACGGACCGUACUACGAUUGGACACCGCAAGCCGCUCCAUACGCUCCGUAUCCGAGAUGUGAGCAGCCGAGAAAUAUAAAUCCACCCACAACAACGGGUUCACACGUUUACGGGAACGUUCCACCACCAUCCACCAGUGAGCUGUGGACCGCCGCUGCACCAUUUCAACAUCAACAAGCCGCUGUGGCAAACACCUAUAAAUGGAUGCACACGAAACGAUCACACAAACCAGCCGUGCCAAAACGAAAAGUGGUCGAUGAGAACGGGACGAAUAGAACAAACUUCAGCACACAUCAAUUGACUGAGCUUGAAAAAGAGUUCCACACGGCCAAAUAUGUGAAUCGAGCGAGGCGGACGGAAAUCGCACAAAACCUGAAAUUAAACGAAGCACAGGUGAAAAUAUGGUUCCAAAAUCGGCGAAUGAAAGAGAAAAAACGAGAGAAAGAAAAAGCAUUUCUCGCCAGGAAUGUGAUGCCGUGGGAUAACUCACCGCCAUCGGAUGACGUGAAAUUGUCAUUACUGUAG